GCGCACGUAAAUGCAUGAGAAGACCGCACAGCUGUCGGUCACCUUUAUUGAUUCUUUGUGUUUGAGUACGGUAGAAAGUCUCUGGCAUAUUGUAAACAGAAACUGUUAUCGUGGAACAAUUGAAAAGUGUAGCCAUGGAAAAUGUGUCGAAAAGGAAGACACGGAAGAGGAGACAGUCUAAUCGAGAAGAAAAUAAGGAUGUUGACACCGAUGUGGAUGGUGUAAAUUGUAGAGAGCGCAUAACCUACGACGUACUCCGACUGAUGCUAGAAUAUUUUAAUAUUACGGAUUUAACUCGGGCGGCUAUGGUUUGCAGAUCCUGGAAUGAAGCUGCCGAAAAAGAAAUUCACACUCGACUGAAACCACAACAUUUUUUGCUUGAACCUAAUACUGAGUCCAAAAAAAUUACCGAUCCAAAAUAUGUUGUGGACAAAUUGUUCAUCCAACCAAGUGUUGGAAUGGUGUUUAAUGGCUUUCAUACUAGACGUCAAAUUUGGCAGCCAGAUUGUUUGUGUAAUUAUUUGCCUCCUCAAACUGAUUAUAUAACAUUGACAAACAGUGGCACUAUUUAUGAUGAAGUGGAAAACAAAGCUAGAGGCCUAUCCAGUAUAUUCUUCCCUGAGAUUCCUGAUGUGAAAAUCAAAUACUUUCAUACCACAAAAUUGGACUACCUCAAAUUUGAUUCAACGCAAAAUCCUAAAUCUUCUAACAAAUUAGCAAGGGAAUUGUGUAAAAUAUCUCCAAAAGAAGAGAACAUAAAAUGUAUAAUAAUGUUCCUGGGUGGGAUGACACGCAAUAUUUUUGCAACCCCAGAUCCAGACCACGUAGAAUCGGUCAUAAACUCGAUUGUUUCAUAUGGAACGAACACAGCUAAAAAUAAAAUUGCGAUUUGGGGUGGCAUCGCUCGCAGGGUAAUGGUAUGCAGUUCUUCGCGUGAUAAGAGGAUAUGCAAAAAAAGUGUACCUAUUGCUGGCCUCAGUAUCUGCGGUUCAGGUGUUUCAACGUGGUCCAUGGUGUUAAAUAGCCGUAUAAAAACUAAGGAACAAGCUGAAAAAGAAUUGACAGCCUUGAGGGAUGCGGUCAAGUUGCAAAAACACACAAUUGGUUUCAUGUUCUCUUGUUGUGCACGAGGCGAUAGCUGGUAUUCGGAACCAAAUGUCGAGGCUAAAAUCUUCAGAAAACUUUUUCCAAAUGUUCCACUCAUUGGAUCGAUUGGAGAUGGCGAGUUUGGCGUAUCCACAGUUCGUCACGAAUACUCGCCAGAUGAACGUAUUUUCCAUCAAUAUGCUACAAUAUUUUUAAUCGUGUCUUACGGAUCUGUGAGGAAAGUGUUAUAAAUAUUCAAGUAAACUACAUCAAUAAGAAACGGGUUGUUAACACAAACCAGUAAUGCAUUUUGUAUUUUAUUACAACAAAUAAAUAUGACAAAAUCCUAUCAUUUAA